AUGAGUCAAGAAUUACCAUUGAAAGUUAAGAUUAAGAUUCCUACUGGUCGCGAGUAUGAGCAACCAACCGGUUUGUUCAUCAACAAUGAAUUCGUGUAUCCAAAGAAGAAGAAAACAAUUGAGGUUAUUUCACCAGUUAAUGAAGAACUCAUCACUCAUGUUUAUGAGGCACAAGAAGAGGACGUUGAUGUUGCUGUUGACGCAGCCCGCGAAGCUUACUUAUCCUGGUCAACAGUAGAGCCAUCGGAAAGGGCAAGAGUAUUGUAUAAAUUGGCCGAUUUAAUUGAGGAGAAUGCCGAUUUGUUGGCCGAGAUUGAAACAUAUGAUAAUGGUAAAUCAUUGCAAAAUUCCAAGGGAGACGUUGCGCUCGCAGCAGCAUAUUUCCGAUCCUGUGCAGGCUGGACCGAUAAAAUUUUGGGCAACUUGAUCAACACUGGUGAAGGCCACUUGAAUUACACCCAAAGAGUUCCUUUGGUUUGUGGUCAGAUUAUCCCAUGGAAUUUCCCUAUAUUGAUGCUUUCUUGGAAAUUGGGCCCUGUCUUGGCUUCCGGCUCAACAACUGUAUUGAAAUCAGCUGAACCAACACCAUUAUCGGCACUUUACACAGGUAAAUUGUUAGUUGAGGCAGGAAUGCCCAAAGGUGUGGUGAACAUCAUAACCGGAUAUGGUAAUGUUGCUGGUGCAGCCAUUGCUUCACAUCCAAAGUUGGAAAAAGUUGCAUUCACCGGUUCUACUGCUGUUGGUAAGAGUAUUAUGAAGGCUGCUGCCGAAUCCAAUUUGAAGAAGGUCACUUUGGAAUUGGGUGGUAAAUCGCCCAAUGUUGUGUUUGAUGAUGCCGAUAUCGACAAUACAGUGCAAAAUCUAGUCAAUGCAAUUUUCUACAACUCUGGUGAAGUCUGCUCUGCUGGUUCACGAGUAUUGAUCCAAUCAGGAAUAUACGACAAAGUCUUGGGAGAGUUUAAAAAGGCUGCCGAAAGUAUCAAGGUUGGUAACCCAUUCGACCCAGACACUUUUAUGGGUGCACAAGUUUCUGAAACUCAGUUAUCAAGGAUCUUGAAAUACAUUGAGAUUGGUGAAAAAGAAGGUGCCAAAUUACUUACUGGUGGUAAGAGACGCGAUGGUAAAGGAUACUUUUUACAGCCUACAAUCUUCACCAAUGCUAAGGAAAAUAUGAAGAUUUCACAGGAGGAGAUCUUUGGGCCAGUUGUUACAGUAGUAAAGUUUGACACCAUCGAAGAAGCAAUUGAACUAGCUAAUGACACAGAUUAUGGGUUGGCAGCUGGUAUACACACAACAAAUAUCAACACCGCCGUCCACGUGGCAAACAAAAUCAACUCCGGUACCGUGUGGGUCAACACUUAUAACGACUUUAACUCUAUGGUUCCAUUUGGUGGUUUCCACUCUUCUGGUAUUGGUAGAGAAAUGGGAGAAGAAGUGUUUCACGAAUACACUCAAUGCAAGGCUGUUAGGAUCAAAUUGCAGCUCCCAGACAAAAACACGAAGUAA